GAGGCACGCGCGAGCGCAGGUCUGCGCGGGAGAUGACGUCAUUACUGAGUCUGUUUGAAUCUCUUGUUGUCGUUGAAAGUGAAGAAGCUCAGCGCUAGUCAAACUUUAGAGAUAAUUUCGUUUUUUAAAAUAUUUAAAGGAAAUUUCAGAUGGACUCUGCGGAGGAGGAGGAUGUGUCUGCUCGAGUUUUACUCAGAAAUGUUCUUCACACAGAAAUACAGCGGUCUCCAGUCACCAGGAGCGUGUCUCGUGAUCUGCGACUGUCGCGAGUUCGGAGGAGCUCCAGACUGAGGAACGCGCCCGAGACGCCUCACGACGCUCUCCGUAACAAACUCAAACAGAAGCUCCAUGAGACGGCGGUUCAGUCUCCGCUCCCACCCAGUAAACGUGCGAGGUCUCAGGGCAGGACGCUGAACACGCCGGCGGUGCUUCCCUCCCCUGCGCUGUACGAUGAUGACGUCACGCCUCGCGGGCUCCUCAGGGGCAUCAUCCAGACCGAACCGGAGGCGUCUCUGCUGCUGUCUGGUCAGACUGCGCUACCUCAGGAGGAUCAGCAGGACGUCGAGACCAGUAUCCAUAGCAACAGACGCAGUGACGGCGUGUCAGGACUCGAGCUGCCUGACUUAGCGACAGAGCCGCUGACUCACGUGAUCCGGGGGAUGAGCCGCAGGAGGCCGCCGCCCACUUUUAACGUCUCCGCCUUCGAGAAACAACUGGACCAGCCAUCAGGUGAAGAAGAGGAGACGGACGUCCCUCAGGAGAAUCCAGAUCUCAGUAAGGAACAGGAUCUCUCCGCUGGCUCGAAAAGCGUCCUCAGCCUCACCUUGAAGACGCCGUUCGUGAGCCUUCGGUCCGAGAGGGCGGGACUGAGGCGAAAAGCGGCCGGGCGACGGACGCAGGUUUCCGUGGACGCGUUUGACGAAGCCGUCGAGAAACGUUUAGAGAGACGUCACAACCAAGAUUAUACGGUCGUGCAGGAUGGAAGAACUCUCCAGGACUCGGACUGGCACAAGUUCACUCUGGGUUUGAGCAACGUCACGGUGCCGGAUCUCACCACAGACGUGGUGAUGAGCAACACGGAGCUCUACGCCCAGCCGCGGGCCUCGGUGUCCGAGCUGAGAGACGCUGAUGGAGGAGUUACGGAAGCUGAGAUGAAGAGAGAUGAUGAUGAUGAUGAUGAUGAUGAUGAACUUCAAGAUGUCGUCCAGGAUGAACAAAACGUGUGUGAGAGCAACGUCUCUAAACCUCAGCCAGAUCCUUCAGAACACCCGGAACUGGAUUCUCAGAGUCAGGACGAGGUGGAAAUGACGUCUCCGUCACAUGAGAACGAGGCCGUGUCCUUGUGUCCCGAGGAUAUCCCGUUCGCUCCGACCCAGGCCAUGAUGGACCGCGUGUCUCAGAUUCAAGAGCAGGACGAGGAGCGCGAGUCUGCGAUACAGGAAGCUCAGGUGGAAGAAAUGGACCAGAGAGAAGAUGCGAGCCUUCGGGAGGAGGAGGAGGAGGAGGAGGAGGAGGAGACGUCACAUCUGCCUCAGCGAAUCACACGGAGAGCGUACCACUCCGAGGGCGGAGCCUUCAGGAAUGGAGUGAUGGAAAGAGGCAGAAGUACGAAGAGCCUCGGAAUGAUUCAGGAUCCGACGGAGAAACGUGAGGAAUCAUCAGAAGAGCUGCAGGGUUUCGCUGGUGGAACGGAGCUGGGAGAAUUAGUGACCGUGGAGGAAGAACCACAUCGCAGCCUUGCGUCCUCCUCCGCCGUCCACGCCUCAAAGCCUUCGCCGUCUCUGACACACCGGGACGGUUUGGUGCAAAACGCUGACGAGGAGGACGUUAUUCAAGAUCUCGGCCAAUCAGAAAGCGAGGAAGUUGUGGUGUCUGGUCACGUUAGUCCCACUGUGGACUUUCCUGCUGCUGAGGAGGAGAUGGAGAUGGAAGAGGAACAGGAAGAGGAACAGGAAGAGGAACAGGAAGAGGAACAGGAAGAGGAACAGGAAGAGCAGCAACAGCAACAGGAACAGGAAGAGCAGCUGCAGGAAGAGGAGGAAGAAGAGGCAGAAGAUGAACAGAGCGAAGAGCUCUCGAUGCAAACUCCAGGUUUUAUUAGACAAAGGAAGCAGGUAUCCACUCCAGGUGCUCUGGCCACGCCCACCGUCCUCAAAGCUCUGAAUGCUGGUCCUGCCCCAAAGGCUGUGAAGCCCCGCCCUAAACGCCAGCUUCAGCCCGUCUCCGCCGGCGUCCUCCCGAAGAGCUACGUCAUGACCGUGUUUAAACACUUCGCCAAAACGAAGGUCGCUGGCGACGUCUAUCCCGUCAUCAGUGACAUACUGCAGAGGUAUUUCGAUCGUCUGGCGGAUGAUCUGGAGGUGUAUUCCGCUCACGCAAAGAGGAAAACCAUCGAGGUCGAGGACGUUGAGCUCCUCAUGAGAAGGCAGGGAUUUGUGACGGACAGCACUCCGGUCAACGUGCUGAUCGAGAAAUUCCUCCCGCUCGAAUACAGGAAGCUCCUCAUCCCCGUCGCAACCAGCGGAAACAAAGUCGUACCUGAUCAACGGAGAUGAAACAGAUCUCUCUCUCUCUCUCUCUCUCUCUCUCUCUCUUUCUCUCUCUCUUUCUCUCUCUCUUUCUCUCUCUCUCUUUCUCUCUCUCUUUCUUUGUCUCUCUCUCUCUUUCUCUCUCUUUCUCUCUCUCUCUUUCUUUCUCUCUCUCUCUCUCUCUCUCUCUCUUUCUUUCUCUCUCUUUGUCUCUCUUUCUCUCUCUCUUUCUCUCUCUUUGUCUCUCUUUCUCUCUCUAUUUCUCUCUCUUUCUUUCUCUCUUUCUGUCGCUCUCUCUUUCUCUUUCUUUCUCUCUUUCUCUCUCUCUUUGUCUCUCUCUCUUCUCUCUCUUUCUUUCUCUCUUUCUUUCUCUCUCUCUUUCUCUCUCUCUUUCAUAUCGUUGUCCGUAAAUCUAAUUUACUUUGAUUUAAUCGCUUUGUUUUGGAUCUAAUAUUUACAAAAAUAAUUUGAACCUGUUCUGUUUAACCUGCCGAGGUUGCAGAUGGUCACUAAAGGUCAAAUUAUUAUUAUUAUUAUUAUUAUUAUUAUUAUUGUUGUUGUUGUUGUUUUUCCCCCUUUGGACAUUGUGUUGAAUGAAGAUUAUAAAUAAAGCUUAAAUAAAUAAAUAUACUGCUGUAAAAAUGA